AUGAAGCUUGAGAUUGAGAAUCUGAGGCAGUUGAGUGUCUCAAGCCUUGAGGAGAUGGUUUCUGAAAUAAAAGGGAAGCUGGCUCUUCUUAGGCAGAAAAAGGUUACUGAAGAGAUCAGUGAUGAUAGUAUUAGAAUGACCAAGAAGAAUUUAGCUCUGGUUUUGACCGUGAGGACCGAGAAGAUUCUAACGGAAAUGGUUGAGAAGUACAAGGGAACACCUAUUAACAAACUUCCGAAGCAGCUUCGACCAAAGCUCAACAGAGCUAAGCGACGACUUCUGACAAAACAACAAGCUAAGAGGAUAACUAGAAGGGAAAGAUGCAAGGUAAGAAAGUUCCCGAAAGUUAUAUAUAGCUACAGCGAAUAA